AAUUUCAGUGAGAUGAAUACAUCAGAAUCGUUUAAUAUUUCUGUCAAGUUAGAUGGGUUUCAUGAAAUACUGAAUAUAAGUUUUUUGUAAAAUAAAUAUGAAGUUUGAACUUGAAGUAUUUUUAAUUGUUAUUGUGUUGCUAUUAUUAUUGUUUUAUUAUUGGUCAUCUUUCAAACAUACAUUUUGGAAGAAUAUUGGCGUUCCCGGACCUCGACCACUACCUUUUGUUGGUAAUUUUGGGCCUUUUUUUUUUGGAAGGAAAUCACUAAUUGAAGUAGUAAAAACAAUCUAUGAUGAUUGGAAAAAUGAACCGUUUAUUGGUAUUUAUAACUCUCGAGUGCCAGUUCUUAUUAUAAAUGAUUUAAAUUUAGUAAGACAAGUACUUAUUAAAGAUUUUAAUGUAUUUCCUGGUCGGGGGAUAAAAAUAAAUGAAAAAGAUGAACCACUGUCUAAUAAUAUAUUUUCCCUUGAUGGGCAUCGAUGGAAAAUAAUAAGAGCUAAAUUAACUCCAGCAUUCACUACUGGAAAACUCAAACAAAUGGUCACUUUAAUGGUUGAAUGUGCCGAACAUUUUGAAAAAUACUUGCUAAAUAAUGUGCAUAAUGGUGAUAUUGUUGAAUGUCGAGAGGAAGCAGCUAAAUUUACAACUGAUAUUAUUGGGUCUUGUGCUUUUGGUAUUAAUAUGAAUGCUCUUGAAAAAGAAGACAGUGAAUUUAGGAAAAUGGGGCGAAAAGUAUUUGAAUCAUCCAUCUACAAUAUGGCAAGACGUAUACUUCGUGAUGUAGCACCCAAACUUUUUAAAAUUUUAGGUUUACGAACUCUUUCUGAAAAUUAUGUUAAUUUUUUUAUCAACUCCAUUAAGGAAACAAUGGAAAUGAGAGAAAAGUAUAAUAUUGUACGUCAUGAUUUGGUGGAUAUUCUACAAGAUAUGUAUAGAAAUAAACAUGAGAUUGAUUUUGAAAUUACCGAAACAUUAUUAACUGCUCAAGCAUUUGUUUUUUUUGCUGCUGGAUUUGAAACAUCGUCUACCACUAUUUCCUUUGCUUUAUAUGAAUUAGCUAUAGCUACAGAAGUUCAAGAAAAAUUGCGAAUAGAAAUUAUGGAAACAUUAAAAAAACAUCAAGGAAAAUUAUCUUAUGAAAUUAUUAAUGAAAUGAAGUAUUUGAAUAUGGUCGUGCAGGAAACUUUAAGAAAAAAUCCACCAGGAGUUUUAUUAAGAAGAGAAACAACAGUGUCUUAUACAAUACCUGGGAGUAAGGUUACAAUACCUGCAGGAACAAUGGUCCAUAUUCCAAUUUAUUGUUUUCAUCAUGAUGAAAGGUAUUUUUUGAAACCCGAAAAAUUUGAACCAGAAAGAUUUAUGGAAGAAAAUCAAAGACACCCUAUGUCUUAUUUACCUUUUGGGGAUGGUCCUAAAAAUUGUAUAGGAGCGAGAUUUGCUAUUUAUCAAUCCAAACUUGGAUUGAUUGCUAUUUUAAAACAUUUCAGAGUCCGACCAUCGAAAUUUACAAUAAUUCCAUAUAAAAUUGAUAAAACUGCAUUUGUUCUUGCACCUGCAGGAGGAGUAAAACUUAAGUUUGAUCUCAUUAACAAUUAAUCGUAUUUGUAUAUGGACAACAGUAUUAUUGUUUUCAAGACAAAACCCGUAAAAAGCGAUUUCAGAUCUGAUCAGAUGUGAUCAUCUGUCAGAUGUCAGAUCUUAGCAGGUCAGAAUUAUGGGACUAUUUUUGAUAAUAAGUUCAGGUUUUUUUUUUUAAUUUUCUAGAUUUAAUCAGAUGUAAAUUUUUUAAUCUGCUUACAUCAGAAUUGAUAUGUCUCAUCUGAUCAGAUCUGAGAAAAUCUGGAAAUUUGGAUCUAAAAACAUAAAAAUAAAUUUAAUUAAAUCUGUCAUAUCUGAUCAGAUGUGCACAGAGAUUGCAAUCUCAUAAAACAGAUCUGGCUAGAUCUGAAUUCGUUUUUCACGGCAUCUUACUAGCUGGCACGGCAACCGAAUCUUCUUGAUUAUAGUCGAAGAUGAAUUCUGGGAAAAUUUUAUGUUUUAACGUGACAGUAUAUUAAUUGUAAGUAAAAAAGAUGAUACAAAAAUUGUUAGAUAAAUUUUAAUUACGAAUAUAAGAAAAUUAUUAAUGUUUUAUGAACUUUUAUUAUCAUCAUUUUCAUCAUCUGAAAAUGGUAUUAAACCGUUUUAUUAAUUUCUUGAAAUUUUAUAUAAUAAAAAUUUUUGAUUAAUAAUCUUGGCUUCUAAUUCAACAUACAAAAUCAAACGACAUUGAUUAAAAUUGUUCUUUUUGAUUAACUUUGGAACAAUUCGAAUACCGUGCCAGAUGGUGAAUUUUGUCUCGAAAACUGACUACAUACGUUGGUUGAUCAUUUACACAAUAUUAACACUGGUCAGCCAAUUAUUCUUCAAUUAGGAACAUAGCCUUAAUCAAUAUGUACUCUUUCAAAUAAAAAUUAUUAUACUCCUCAA